AGCCAGGUCUGGCGGCGGCGCAGGCGGGUCACAGCGGAGCUGGAGUCGGCGGCCGCUGCGGGUGAGGCGGGCACCGGCAGGACCCGGCCUGCGGGGCGCAAGCGUUGACGGGGCGCCACUGCGCUCUGCCGGACGGCGAACGCGGAGGGUGCGGGGAUCGACGGGUAACGGCGGCGGGGGGGGCCUUCCUGGCUGGCGUCUUCCCGGGGUUCCCCGACCUCUCCCCGUCCCCACGACUCGCCACCCGAGCUCCUCCCGGCGCGGCCACCCCCUGGCUUCCUUUCCCUUCCCGCGGGAGGCAGUGGUCGCAGGCUCCGACACCUUCCGAGUCCUUCGCCUGGAUCCGCCUCGGCGCUAUAGCGUUGCUGGGGCGUACUGGUUGUUAAGUAGACGUUCAAAGCGGUGUGGCAUCGCUCUGCCAGUCCCUUCCCUCCUGAGAAAGGGUAGCUGCUUUCUGAGCCAUCACAUACCAGCCUCAUGUAUUGAUUGUCAUCAGCUGCUUGGCUUUUACGCUGAGGCCUUACUGAGGUUUAAUUCUUUCUAGGCUCUAGCAGUUAUAAAGUAAUUUAAGAUGUUUGUACUGCUCAGUUUUAACUCUGUAAUUGGCUCUCGUAUUAAGAGACGUUGUUUUAACUUGGGAAUGGUUAAAUGGUCAAAGAAUUCAGUUAUUUACGGAUAAGGGCUGUUUUAUUUGACUACUAUUGGCCUGCAACUUAAACUUGCAUCUUUUAUUUUUUUUAUCCUAUGCCUUUUCUGUGUUAUGGCUGCUGCAACUAUAGUUCACGAUACAUCAGAAGCUGUAGAGCUCUGUGCUCCCUGUGGGUUGUACCUUAAACCCAUUACAAAAAUGACCAUCAGUGUGGCACUUCCUCAGCUGAAACAACCAGGAAAAUCCAUUUCGAACUGGGAAGUGAUGGAAAGAUUGAAAGGGAUGGUGCAAACUCAUCAGUUUUCCACUCUGCGGAUUUCUAAAAGUACGAUGGACUUCAUCCGGUUUGAAGGAGAGGUUGAAAACAAGAGUUUGGUUAAAUCUUUCCUGGCCUGCCUCGAUGGCAAAACAAUAAAGCUGAGUGGCUUCUCUGACAUUUUAAAGGUCCGUGCUGCAGAAUAUAAGAUUGACUUUCCUACCAGACAUGACUGGGACUCCUUUUUCCGUGAUGCGAAAGAUAUGAAUGAAACUUUGCCAGGGGAAAGGCCGGACACGAUUCACUUGGAGGGCUUGCCGUGUAAGUGGUUUGCAGCAAAGGACUCUGGCUCGGAAAAGCCAAGUGAAGAGGUCCUUAUAAAAGUUUUCCAGAACUUUGGAGAAAUACGUAACGUGGACAUACCCAUGCUGGACCCUUACAGAGAAGAAAUGACUGGCAGGAAUUUCCACACCUUCAGUUUUGGAGGGCAUUUAAACUUUGAAGCUUACGUGCAGUAUCGAGAGUACGCGGGUUUCAUUAAGGCCAUGAACGCCCUGCGAGGGAUGAAGCUGAUGUAUAAAGGUGACGAUGGCAAAGCGGUGGCUUGCAAUAUCAAGGUUUCUUUUGACUCCACAAAACAUCUCAGUGAUGCAUCAAUUAAGAAACGUCAGCUUGAAAGGCAAAAGCUUCAAGAGCUUGAAAAACAGAGAGAGGAACAAAAACGCAAAGAGAAAGAAGCUGAGGAAAAACAAAAGGAGGAAGAAAGGAAGCAGAGAGAGCUUGAAGAAUAUGAGAGAGAGAGAAAAAGAGAAGAAAAGUUGCGCAAAAGAGAGCAGAAACAGAAAGACCGUGAAGUUCGACGAAACAAAAAACAACUUGAAAAGCUUCAAGCUGAAGAACAGAAAAAACUGCAAGAGAAGAUAAAGUUAGAAGAAAGGAAGCUCCUGUUAGCUCAGAGAAAUCUUCAGUCCAUUAGACUAAUUGCAGAGCUGCUAAGCAGGGCAAAGACAGUGAAGCUUUUGGAGCAAGAACAUAACGAAGAAAAGAUUCGUCUUCAGCAGCUAGAGGAGAGACGAAAGCUCCAGGAGGCUGAACUCAAACGUGUGGAAGAGGAAAAAGAAAGAGCACUGGGACUGCAAAGAAAAGAAAAGGAACUGAGGGAGAAACUACUGAACAAUCUUCUGAGCAAGAAAAUGGAUGCAGUUAAUCAAAACAAAGAAGAAACUGAAGCAUCUCAGCCUGACGUGCCAAAAAUCCCCACUGGUGUUCCACACACUGUGUCAUCCAGCUGCAUCACCUCUACCUCAGGACAGGCUGUUACAGGUAAACUGGCUCCUGGCUCUGAGAGAGGAGCAGCGUCCACUGAAAGUGUAAACACUCAGUGCAAGUACUUGAACGGCAACGUUCAUGACAAAGAUCGUGUCAAAGAAGAUCAGAAACUUCAUAACACAAACUCUGAGAGGUGUUCUGAGAAAGGAAGUUCAGGGGUGCUUUCGUGCAUUCCUGACAACGACCAGCAGCAGAAGAGCCUCUCUAGCUGUGACCACAACACCUGCAGGAAGGACUCACGUUGCGAGCAGGGCAAACGCAGUGCAGAGCCAAGGAGGAGGAAGAGCCGUUCAUGCAGCAGUGUAAACACUGAUGACAGUAAGAGUAAGCGAGAGAGGAGCAGACACAGGAGGGACGCGAGCUAUCGGGAUGAGAAGCGCAGGAAAGACAGGAGGUAUUACAGACACUCAAGCAGAAGUUACAGCCCUCGACGAAGGAGUGUGAGCCCCAGACGUUCACGUUACGGAAGAACUCGCAGCAGUGAACGUCGACGAGACAGAAGAGAGAGAAGUCGUAGUCGCAGGAGCGUGAGCAGGGGACGAAGGCACCGCAGGAGAUCACUGAGUAAGCAGCGGAGUACUUGGAGUGGGUAGCGGAGGCCUUGGCUCCUCGGAAAGGCUGUGCUUGGACAAAAGGGCCAGAAGGGUGUAAACGAGACCUCAUCGGUGUGACUGCUAAAGGAAACACAUGUGUUUCAGGCAAUGCUUCACUUGUGUGAAAUAAGAAAAUAGAUGCCUGAUUUUUUUGAUGUUCCUUUGUGCUUUGUUGUCCCUAGGUUUUUACCACAAUAAUGUAUAACCACCUGUGCUUGUGCUCGAGUUCCUACAGUGCUGAAAGCCAACCUGUUUUCUUAAUUUCAGUUUUCUAGACAGUUUUUGUUGGUUUAGUUUUUGUCUCUGUAUCAUCUAAUUUGGCUUGAGAAGUACACGAGCAGUUGCAGGAACUCCAGACACAACAAGCUAUUACAUACAGGUUUGAUUUUAAAUGCUUUCUGGCACAUUCGGUGAAAUCACAUUUAACAAAGUAGAGGUUUUACUGGUCAAGAUGGUUGGCAAGACUUUCAUGUAAUUCUUAAAACUGUCUAUAAAGAUAUGCAGGAUAUCUUUUAAACUUCUAUGAUUCCUUCAUGUGUCUGUAUGGUGCCAAGCUAUGUGGCCCACGUUAUUCUGACGUUUGUAUAAUAAUACUUUCCACGUUAGAGAGGCACACUGAUGUAGGAGGUAAGAAGCAGGGAUAAACUGGUUGAACAGUUGCUCUGUUAUAUUGUUGACAUGUUUGGCUUUGUAAUUACUUCGGGUGGCACAGAGCCACUUGAAGCAUUUCUUUUUCAGGUACUUAUAGAGCUAUCCGUUGUCUUUUGAAAAAGGGGCCUUCUUGCUAAAUUAUUUUUGCUUGUGGUUUUGGAAAGUAAGGCUGCAGUGUUUCUUGUUAAAUCCAUUUAAGAAUACUUUUGCUUCUAAAAUGCAGCUCAGGAAUAUUAAAAGCUAUAACAUUACAGUGAAAGAGUUUAUUUUGCCUUUUUAUGGUAAAAUUAAAAAGAAAACUGUUUCCAGCAAACUGAA